AUGUCAAGCCCUCUAGCAAAGGUCCUGCACAGGAUGCAGACCCUCUUCUCUAACAUCGUUGCCGCCCUGGAGGCAAUGCUGCUGUUUCCCUCCUUGUUCCGGGAUGCUUCUGAUGGGCAACGGAGGUCUUUCCAGGGAGAGUACUGGCGACGCCGCGGCCUGAAUGCCUUUGCGGAUGAGGUCGAUCGCCUCUUUACUGCCCCACUCUCUAUGCAAAACAUGAUCGCAAUGUCAGAGAAGAUCCGCGAACAGUUCACAACAUGUCUACAGUCCAGCCCGGUAUCUAUGUUGCCCUCGUAUAAUCAUGCCCUGCCGUCGGGAAAGGAGACCGGAACAUUCCUAGCCCUCGAUGUAGGAGGAUCAACCUUCCGAGUGGCCUUGAUUGAGCUGCGCGGGGAAGGUGACAUGGAAAUUCUCCGGGUAUCAUCUUCUCAAAUUGAUAACCAGGUGAAGCUGCUGGAGGGAACUAUGUUCUUUGACUGGAUGGCGGAGAAGAUCGAAGCAAUGCUGCGCGAGGUUGGCGCCAACUAUGGACGUGAAAUCACUCCGCUCUCUAUGGGUCUGUCUUGGUCGUUUCCUAUUGAACAAACCUCCAUCAGUAGUGGCCUGGUAAUCCAUAUGGGUAAGGGGUUCCUGUGCUCUAACGGGACUGUCGGACAAGAACUGGGAGACCUCAUUGUUCAAUCAUGCCGAAAGCGCAAUCUCAACGUGCAAGUGGACGCAAUCGUCAACGAUAGCUCCGCCACUUUGCUUUCCCGAGCGUACGUUGACCCUACGACCCGCAUGUCCUUAAUUCUGGGAACCGGAACCAAUGUGGCCAUCCAUUUCCCGGUCCAUGCAAUCGGAUUGACAAAGUUUGGCACGAGGCCGUCCGGAUGGUUCGAUUAUGCGAAGCACGUCAUUAUCAAUAGCGAGAUGAGCAUGUUCGGUGGGGGAGUACUGCCGAUGACUCGAUGGGACGAGACCCUCAACCGUACCCACCUGCGACCAGAUUACCAACCCUUGGAGUAUAUGAUCACCGGCCGGUAUCUUGGCGAAAUCAUCCGACUGAUUGUGGUCGAAGCCGUUGAGAACACCAAACUGUUUGGCGGAGAACUUCCACACUCCAUGCGCGACGCCUAUUCAUUCGACACCAGCAUCGUCGCCUUUAUCGAGGCGGAUACAUCGCCAUUGCUCUCGUCUUCUGCGGCUCUUCUCCAAAAGGAACACUCCUUCCUCAUCCCCCCGUCCCCAGACGACCUCAAAUUCCUGAAGCGGGUGUGCCAGACCGUUUCCAAACGCGCCGCCGGAUACCUGGCCACGGCAAUCCACAGCGUGUGGUGUCUUUGCAAUGACGCUGAAUUCUCCGAUGCUGCCCGCUUGGGCGUAUCACCAAACAAAGUUGUCGAAGAGCUUACCGUGACCGAGAGCGAGAGCAGCAACCCUCUAAGUUUGUCAAUUGCGUGCGACGGAAGCGUCAUCAACAAGUACCCUGGAUUCAGGGACCGUUGCCAGCAUUACCUCAACCAGUUGACCCAGGAAACCAACUCUACCCAAGCAUGCCUCCACGCAGACGACGAUCCUUGUGUCCGUUUGGAGCUUGCGCCGGAAAGCGCAAUCUUAGGCGCAGCCGUUGCAGUCGCAGUCGCAGUGAACGACAAGAAAGGGGAAUGA